AUGCCGCAGUACUUUCCUUGGCCGUACAGCGUGGAUCCGCUGCCGGACAACCUGCGGCGGGGGCUGUGGCCGGUUGGAAUUUUCGCGCUGAUGUCGACGGUGGCGACGCUGGGACUUCUUUGCUGGAUCACGUACCGUCUGGUGUCGUGGCGCAGGCAUUACCGCAGCUACGUUGGUUACAACCAGUACGUGUUGCUCAUCUACAAUCUACUGUUGGCCGACCUGCAGCAGUCCAUCUCCUUCCUCAUCAGCUUCCACUGGAUCCACACCGAUAGUAUGCUGGCUCCAAGCCCUGCUUGCUUUGGUCAGGCCUGGCUCGUCCAGAUUGGCGAUAUCUCCUCCGGCAUGUUCGUCCUCGCCAUCGCCCUGCACACCUUCUUCAGCAUCGUCAAAGGCCGCCAGCUGCCCUUCAGAAUUUUCUUAACCGGUACGAUCGUCAUCUGGGCGCUCGCCUUGCUGUUGACGGUGCUUGGUCCGGCACUGCAUGGGAGUGACUAUUUUACCGCGGCUGGUGCUUGGUGCUGGGCAUCGGACAAGUACGAGACGGAGCGCCUCUGGCUGCACUACCUGUGGAUCUUCAUCAUCGAAUUCGGCACCGUCAUCAUCUACGCCCUCAUCUUCAUCUACCUGCGCAAGCAGCUCGUCAGCAUCGCGAGCGCGCAACAGCACAGCACACAGUCCAAGGUCUCACAGGCGGCGCGUUACAUGGUCUUGUACCCGCUCACGUACGUGCUGCUGACGCUGCCCCUGGCGGCGGGCCGCAUGGCCACCAUGACGGGCCAGAAACUGCCCAUUGCCUACUACUGCGCCGCUGGUUCGAUGAUGACGUCGUGCGGCUGGGUCGAUGCCGCCCUGUAUGCGCUGACCCGCCGCGUGCUCGUCUCCAACGAGAUUGAGCCGCACCAAGGUGGGGCUGGCAAGGCCGGCGCCUCUUCCUCUGGCGGGCGCACCGGCUAUGGUGGCCACGGCAGCCAAACUGCCACGGGCUGGGACAUCUCAUCGUUUAGCGACCGCAAGGGCGGGAUGGGCGCCGAUCACACCGUCACCAUCACCGGCGGUCUCGACGCCCGCGGCUCCAGCUUCAUCGACAUGGAUGAACUCUCCAAGGGUGGCGUCCAUGGCGCCACUGAGCGCGUCGGCCGCCCCAAGCACAAGGCCAGCAGCACACCAUCCACACAUGGCCUUACCCGUGCCCGCAGUAGCAGCACCUCGGCCCGCGAGUCCACCCCUCGUGGCAGCACCGACUCCAUCCUCGCCGGGCUUGGUGGUGUGCGCGCCGAGACAAAGGUCGAGAUCAGGGUCGAGCCCGCUGACGGCUUCAUGCUGCCCGGUGAGGGUGGUAGCAAUGGUAGUAGCGGCAACUCGACGCCCAUCGGUAGAAGUGUCGAUGUGGUGGGCAAUUCAAACGCCAUGAGGCCGAGGUCGGGUAGUCCAUACUAA